AUGAGCUCCCCGGACAGGACGGCUCCUCGUCGACCGAAUGGCCGCCUCCAAGCAUGCGAUCCGUGCCGGAGACGCAAGGUUGCCUGUGAUCACACACAGCCGGUAUGCAACCGAUGCCGAGCAAGAAACCAGGCUGGAAACUGUGUCUACCUGGUCGGCGACUCGAAGCCGACGCCGUCGAAUAAAACCAGCAGCUCGUUUGACUUCAACACGGCGCCUUCACGCACAGUCUCGGAGGACACGCAGCCACCCGCCCGCAAGUCAAGACACUUGCACGCUGCGUCAUCUUCUCGGGACAUGUCGUCUGCUUCUGCCUCUGGAUCAGGCUUCCUCGGCGCAACCAGCCACUCGGCAGUGUACGAUGAGACGACCCAAACGCUGUCCAUGCUCCAGGGUUUCCAAGCUUGCCUGCCCGUACCGGGGGAGGCACGACAGAGGCAGCGACCCGCGGAUGUGUCGUCGGACGUAUUACUCUCUCCCACGCGAGAAAUGUGCCUGGUUGUGCUGCGCAGCAUCCCGAGCCCUCCGCCAGGGCCCAUUGCAUUGAGAAUGUCACCUCAUCUGUACGACGGGUGGGCUCCGGUGGCUGCGCAGCGCAUUCUCGAGUCUCUCUACGGCCGCUUUGGCAAAUAUCUCGGCGCAAACCGCGUCGACUCCCAGCUCGAGGAGAUUGCCACGACGCUCAGCAACAACACGCUGCGGCCCUUCUCCGACAACGUCCGGGACCCGGAGGAGUGGAUUUCCCAGCUCUCGGGGCCGAACCUGCGCUGGGAGUCGCUCGGGCUCCUGUUCACCUUUAAAGAGCUCGGCGAGGACCGCAGCUGGGCGACGCAGCGAGGCGUGUCGGGCGAGAGCCUCAGCAAACACUGGCCCGAGGUAUCCCGGGUCUGCCUCGGACUGUCCAUCGACCUGGCGCGCAGGUUCUCAGACGGCAACAGCAUCCUGCUGCUGCUGUGCACGCGGCGCGCCAUUGCGGAAUCCGUCAUUAUGGGAGAUGCCAGUCUUUCUUGCUGGCGAGCCAUGUCCGAGUCUACUUCUCUGCUGACGUUUCUCGGCCACCACGCCGAGUCGCCGUCGCCGACGUACGAGCCGUGCCUGAGCUCGGAGACGCGCCGCAGGGUGGCCGCGCACGUCUUCAUCCUGGACAAGGUCAUCGUCUUGUUCACGGGACGCCCGCCGCAAAUCAGCCGGCGGUACAUUUCGACCCCCCUGCCGCUGGACCUCGACGACGAGGAGCUGCUGGGCGGCGAGGCGGCCAUUGCCUCGUCGGUGCGCGCGCUCGACGAAAACGGCUGGAACACCAAGGGCGGGCUGUACGCGGCCACGUCCCUCCGGUGCCGCUUGCAGAUUGCCCUGCUGCGCGACGAGCUUGUCGAAAUCGCCGUCGGCAACUGGAAAGAGACUUCGGUCGAGGCCCUGUUGCAGUUGAAGCGUCGAGAGACGGACACGGUGGCCGGCUUCCCCGACUCGGUCGCGUAUCGCGACGGCGAGUUUGACGACCCCCUGGCCGACAUGGAGCGCGUGUACGCCCGGCUCAUCAUCAAGCUGGAGCACCUGCAGAACCUGUUUGUCGUGGAGCGGCUGCUGUCGCGGCGCGGCCACCACGACGAGGGCGAGCUCCUGGCGACGAGCUUCGAGCUCGUGUCGCGCACGCUGCUCUUCUGGACCAACAAGGACCGCUUCGGCAUGGCUCGCGCAGACUUUGCCUGGCUGGUGAUGGCGUAUGCCACGCCCGGCGGCGGGAUCCUGUGCAUGGAGCUCCUGAAGCCGACCUUUGGCGGGCGGCAUGGGAGGAAUCCCAAGAUGACGCGGUCCGGCAUCAUUCAGCAGCUGAGCCUGCUGGUUGGGUUUUUGGACUGGAUCGGCCCCGGCGGCCCCAACGGCGAGCUCUGCGCAAACUGCAGCUCCGUGAUCCAGCUCGUGCUGGAUCACACGUUGAACGCGCCAGAGGAUGAGCGCUGGCCGCCGGUGAGCCUGGAUGCCAUGCAGCUGGACUUUAAUUUUGAGCUGUUUGACACGUUUGACUGGCUGAGGCCGGACACGCUACUGUGA